ACGGAACCCGUUGAAGCCAUAAUAGGAUUCCGCCUACUCAAUCACUAUAUGGCUAAUCGGCUUUGGAAAGCCGCAGUAGAGCACCAUGCGUUUUUCCGCCUGAAAGAAGCACGUGCACCGAAAGGACCACCAAAUCCGUUAAAUCCAACAUACGCGUAUACCGGACGUACCUUUUUCCAGUAUCGCACAAUGAAUAUAAAUCGACCACAUCCACAUUUCGAUCGAUCGUUGAUGAAACGCCGCACAGCUAGUAUGCCCACCGGGCUAAACAAAACUGGGAGCAUUCAUACUCUGAAUCGGACGCACCCCCGUGACAUGACAGUUGGCCGUACGCAAGAGGCGGACAGUCUUGGCAUUCGACGAAGCGGUUCCGCUCAAAUGUCACUGGCCACUGCUGGCCACGCCAGUUCCACCGGACAACUGUACAGCACGGUCCCUCGAGGCGCAGAUUCUCACGAUGGCCGAUCUCAGAUAAGUCGAAUGACCAGUGAAGUAGGUGGGGGCCGCAGUCUUUCAUAUGCAACCGGUGGUCGGGGUAGUUCCACAAACAAUUCCCGUGCUCAUGAUUACAUCAACUAUCCUAAAGGUCAACCAGCCGGUGGUUGGCAUGACGAAGGAGGUUCAAUGUUAAGUGGAUCUGUUGUGAGCAAAUCCACCGUUCGACGAUCAAGCAUCAGUUCGCGUCAAUCGGAUCGACGCAAAGAUCGUCGCCCGCUAUCUCCCGUCUAUGUGAAUGCCCCAGCUCGUCCGGGUGAUGCAGGCGAGACCCCAAGCGAAUUGGAUCAGGUCAGUUCCACUUGGCACACCAGUGAUCGGUCUUCUAGUCGCAGAAAUCCUCCAAGAGGCGGGGUCCCGGUACUCGGAGGUGUUAUGCUCCCCUCCCAAAGCUCUCGAAGCAGCCAGGGUGUUACUCCCAUUCCUCGAUCCAGGCAUCGCCAGCAGCAUAUACAAGAAGAAUUCGAACCUGAGCAGUUAAGCGAUGAAGCAGAAGAAGUGGAAUAUUACGCGUCGGAGGAAUCGCAUCAGGAACAACAUCAUUCACAUACCAAUAAACACAGACAGCCAAAGUCGCCGGCCAAUCAGAUUGUAAGUUUACGGUAA